UGUUAGCUAAGGCAUGUUUCUUGCUAGCUCGCUAAACGGAUGCUCGCUAAGGUUGACAUGGGAGGUAACUGGAAUAGCUGUGAACGAGGAGCAGAGACCCUCAUAAAGCCUCAUAUCAGAUUUAGCCUUCCGCGUAUUCAUAACCGUAUCCCUAAGUUUAAUAUCGCCUUCUUAAUUUAAGGGAUCUUAUGCUAAGUGCAUGCUAACAUGGCUCCCACGUAUGUAGUAUCACAAGAUAACAUUUUGAUUGACGUAAACACUCUGGUCGACAAAAGGAGAAAUGUCCGUCAAUACUUGGAGUCAACUCAGAAGACUGCACCUUCAAGAAUGCAUCUUCAAGAUGAGUGACCUUGAACUCAGCACACGUUGAAAAGGAAUGGAAUAGAUACAACCCAGCACUAACAGAACGCAAAGAAAAGGCUCCUUCUGACCUCAUCUUGCAUGACAUAGGCCUAUUUGUCUUGAAACAAGUCAGGCUUUGAGCCAAUACCAGAAAUGCCUGUAAGGAGGCAUCCCUACAGGCUGCAGCCUAGCUACGCCAACUGAAAGCACCAGACAACUGCGUCUCUUGUUUAAGGGAUGUGCUGCUGAUUGGACACAAAAUCUCAUCUCUCUGCCACCUCUCUAAAAUGUUAUUAACGUUGAGUGUGUGCCAGCGUGUACAGUGAAUUAUGGUGACCAAAAAUGGUGCUUGAAUGUGGCAUGUUGGUGCAGGGUAUGCUAAAAGGGGUGAGGCUCUCUCAGAAAAGUGUAACAGCUGACUGAUAGUCCGCUGCCGAUAAUGGAUGCCAAGUUAAAAGAGGACCUGUUUCGGAGGUACGUGACAGCACUGGAGAGGCGACUGGAGGAGGAAUACGCAUGGAUUGGAACUGCACCCGAUGGGGACAAAGGGAGACACAAGGACAGCGAGGCCCUGCUCUCCACAGCCACAGCUCUGCUCGGGGCCUACCAGCCAGAUCCGGGACAGCGAUUCCGGAUGGUGCGCUUUUAUGAAGUGGUGGAGAAUUCUCUCCGCUGCCAGAGAGGGGGGAACAUCAAGAGCCUGGAGAGAGCCUUCCACACACUGGAAACCAUCUGCACCAACCUCUUGCUUUUCCCCUGGAAGAAGGAGUUCAGAUGUAUUAAGACCUUCACUGGCCCGUAUGUGUACCAUCUGCAGUCUGCUAUAUCUGACGCUGAACUCCGGUCUCUGAUGCGCACCAUUGGCUACGCUUGUGACCAUGACUCGCAGUUCCACUUGCAGGAGCACCCAGGAGGCGUAAAUCAUCUCCGCCAGUUGGCGUUCGAGCUCUUCCUGGCCCAGGCGGAGUGUCGUCUUCUGGGAGAGGUAGUGGCUCUGGCCCGUGGUUCAGCCUCAGAGCUGGAGGCCCUGGAACUCCGCAGAGGUUGCAGAGAUGAUGCAGCUGGCUGUGCUGAGGCACUCCGCAGACGCGACAGCCUUGGGGCAGAUAUGGCUCGGCUGUCUGUGCGGCCGCUGGAUAUAGAGAGGCCUCAUGCCCACCACCUGAGGCGAGGUAGCCGACCGUCUAAGUCUGUGGAUGUUACAGAUGGAGCUGGUCACUGGCAUGCAGCAGUUAGCAAGCCUGUUUUGAAGGCCUCAUUGAGUCUGAGGAAGGAGCCUCUGUUUGUGGAUGCUGAGGAGGAUAUGAAGGAUGAGAUAAUCAGGCCCAGCACCUCAGCAUCUCUCUUUUCUGUUGCAGCUCCACCUUCCUAUAGUCCUAUUGCGGAUUUCUUCCCAAUUCAGUCACCUCCCCCAGCUGAUGCUUACACAUCCUACCACCUGUCCUCUUUGGAUGAGAUCGACUUAUACACAGAGAGGGGUGGUGCUGGGACGGGAGGCAGGCAGACCCCCUCUCGACCACCAUCCAGAGAGCCUCGGGAUGCGAGGGAUGGGUGGCUGCUCAAAGGCCACGGUAGUGUGAAGUGUCAGGGGUGUGGGCUGGGCUGUUCCUCAAUGGCCUCCUGCCAGAGGUGUGACAUGAUCCUCUGUUCUGCCUGUCAUGAUGUGGACCCCUCCCCUUGCUGUGGCCUCCAGGACUACCACCCCAAAUCCCCACGUCCCCUCGAUGGAUACAUACCUGUGAAGGAAAAGCUCUCCGUCUACUCUAACACUCAUUCCCACUCCCAUCUCCAUCCGCACCCCCUCACACUGACCCAUUCACACUCUCACCCCCACCCUCACCCCCAGAUGGCGGAGAAACCCCUCAUGUCCACUAAGCUGUUUCCGAGCAAGUCUGUUGCCUUGACAACGCCAAAGGGAGGCAGCAGCGAGCGAUUAAGCCUGGGGGGAUCACGAUGUGGGUUUUGCAACAAGCCAGGUGCAUCACACACCUGUGUGAACUGCUCUAAGGUGUCAUGUGACUCGUGCAUGGGCUUGUACGCAAAGGAUAUAUGCACGCGAAAGAAUCCCCAGCACAGCUUUGUGCCCAACCAUCAGCUCAACUUCAAAUCUGGCACCAUAUCUCACCUGGUGUACCGAUGAAUCAGGCAGACAGAAUAUUUGUUUCUUCCUUCUAGUCCCCUCCCUUGACCCGCUGCGUAGUCUUGCACUAUUGCUUUAGCUCUAUUCCCGUUUUAAACAACAUAUUCACUAUCACUCCCUUUAUCUGAUGGUCUUUGCGCUCUCUCAAACCCGCUCUUGAACUUUGUACAUUUUCCCUUGCUGUCAGUAGGGCCCUGGAAUGCACAUGCCACAGAGAGCCAUAUCGUCUGCCCAUCUCUCUGCCUUGUACAAGUUCAGGCCUUUUAAUCUAUUUCUUGUUACUUUUACCUUGCUACCUGCUCUUGAGUAGUCAUGUGAUGUUGUAGCGCUUCCCAAAUUCCUCAAAUUUUGUCCUCCUCAAAAGGGAAAAACUGGAGAGAUAAGGGUUCAAUUCCUUCUCAUUUUGAAUGAAUUCCGUCCAAAUGAACAUUACUACUAGUACUUUGCCUAACUUCUCAGCUAAAAAUUCCUCUAAUAUAUAAAUAUAUAUAUAUAUAUAUAUACAGUAUAUAUGUAUGUGUGGGAGAGUGAGAGACAGAGUGUGUGUGUGAGUGUGUGUAGAAAAGACCUCUGAGCUUGCAUUGUGACAAAGGAGAACUUUUUAAACUUGAAAAAUAGUAGGGAAAACAUACACUGGAAGUCAGUAACUCAAUAGUAUAUAUUUUUAAUCCUAUUCUCUAGAACAAUGUGAGACUGUUAACUGGGCAUGAGGUCUGUCAUUGGGAUUUUUGGGGUAUAAACUUAUGUCUGUGGGCGGGGAGGGCGGGAGAUAUCUCAAAGGGAAAUGUUGAGACAAUGGUCAGAUGCCAUAUAUUCUAUUUAAAAGAUUAUGCCUUGUAAAUUAACCCUCAAAUGUUUCUGGUUAUGUGACUGAGGUUCAAAUGCUGCUGUUGACUUGAGACUUUAAAGGUGUGUGGCGUUGACUUCUUUCUGGUAAAUAGCCUGUUGAGUUGUGUCCGUUCCAAGCCCCCCCCCCCAUCCCCUUCCAUUACACUCCUUAAGCCACCACGAUCCAUGAUGUUGUAGAGGCACCCUCCUUACCAGAUCAGUGGUUCCCUGUCAGUCUCAGGUGGAGUCACAGGAAGUCUCACACUGGUCCACGGAUCAUAUGAUGAUGGCCCUUUGACAGUGCAUGAGCCUAUUGAUUGGUUUUAGACAGUGUGAGAGUGCAUAUACUCUGACACGGCUUCUGUCUACCUCAAAUGGCUUCAGCUUAUACACCCAGUUUGAUAUUGUGGUUUCAAACUAGCCCUUAAGACCUGAGGAAUUCUUUUAUUAAUCACAUUAUUCUUCUCUAAUUUGACACUUGUGUUUUCGCCGAACAGAAAACACCUCCUCUUACAGUCAGCUGAUUUAGUCAUGUUUAAAUGUUAGCAGAGGUUAUUUAUUCCUUGACAUAAUCAUGCAUGAUUUUCUGUCUAGAAACUAUUUAUACUUUGUUUGGGUGCACACAAAAACACUAACACUUAAUCAUAUUGAACCAGCCCUGUGACACUACCUUUGUGAACCUCAAACUGUUAAAUCUCAUUGAAACUAUCACAAAACUGAUUGAGUUUACUGGUCAUUUUUCAGCUUGUGUUUUGUGUUGGUAACUGGAUCAUAUUAUACUGCAAAUUGUCUGUAUUUCAUCUCACUGACAAAAGACAGACUCCUCUUAUAAAUGCUUCUGUUCAGUACAAGAUCACCACAGAUCAUCAGCUCAAAAAUGACCACUGAGUUGGAUCGAUGCAUCUCUGAGUUGUUAAUAUUUAACGUUUUAUAACCCUUAUUUCAAAACACGGGGAUGCUGUGUAAAUGUUAAAUAGAAACAGAUUGAAAUAAUUUGCAGAUGAACUUUGUUUGCUGACAGCGGUUUUAUAAAGUGUUACCGGGCACAUGUAGUAAUACCCUUUUUACAAUCAUGUGUUUCACAAAGCGGUGAACCUUGCCCCAUCCUUGCUUGUAAACAACUGAGCCGUUCUUUCACCUGUUACCAAUUAACCUUUUAAUCUGCGGUAUUCCAAUCAGGUGAUUUUGAACAUUCCACAUCUUUCCCAAUUUUUUUUAUACCCCUGUCCAAACUUGUUUGAAACUUUUUACUGGCAUCAAAUGUAGAUUAAGCAUAUAUUGACAAAGAUCAAUGAAGUUGAUGAGGUAAAACUUUAAUGUUUAAUCUUUGUACUGGCUACUGUUUUUUAUUGAAUGUGGCUAAUUGUCACAUUCUGUUUUAUUUAAGCUUUACACAGCAUCGCAACUUUAUUUUUAUUUAUUUUUUUUUAAAUCUGGGUCAUACCUUGAAAAAGGUAGUGUUUCUCACAUGUCUAUUGCACUUACUAUUACUACUAUUACAGGGACUCAUGCUGUUGUGUCCGUCCCCUUGUAAAGCCAAAUCAGUCACCUGAAUCAAUAUUGGCAAAGUACAUUUCUGCCAAACAAAGUUAAAACUUUAUGUGUCUUUACGUUGCAACUUUACCUUUCUUGUGACAGCGUUGUGCUUAUGUUCUGGUUAGGUUAAGGCACAAAAAACACUUGGUCAGCGUUAGGAAAACAUUGUGUUUUGGCUUAAAAUUCCUGAUUUGGUCACUGCACUGUCCCCCUCCACUCCCUAGCAUGAAAGUCAGGUAAUAAACAUGAACUGCUAACGUUAUGACAGAUUUUGUAGAACAAAAGGCACAUAGCCUGUGACACAGACAAAUCUGAGCAUAUCUGUGGUUUGCAGAAAAACGUUAACUGGCAACAUUUUAUCCUGGCAACUGGGCUGGUACAGCACAGUGACUGCCAGUGUGUGGUCAUUUAAGGCCAGUUGUUUGAUCUGAUUCAGUUGGCACUCUCUUAGCUUGUCGGCUAAUCUUCCGAGAGAGGUGACUUUCCCAGUUAUUUGUUGUGAUGUCUCACUCCAUUAUUUUGCAUAUUCGGAGACCCUGAAAGUCCUCUCUACAGCCCUUGAUGUGCAGUUAUUUGGUGUAUUAGAUAAGCUGGAGUGUCCUCAAGCAAGCUGCUGCCAUUCGGUAUCGAAAUAUCAUUAAACUCAUUUAGUGAUAGACUAAAUAAACUCUGCUAACGUUUACUGUGAGUAUUGUAAAUUUGGAGCGUACUUCUAGUGAUUAGGCUUUGAUUUAUGCAGGAGAAUAACAGUCACUCAGGGGCUAAUUUCAAAUCACAUUUCAUAAAAACAGUCUGGUUUAUUCCGACAGACCGUUCGGGCUGUCAUAGCCUUUAUGUUCUGUCAGGAAUAACCUCUAAAUGCCUUAAGCUCAUUCAGCUGUCUUAUCGUGGGGUAUUUUUAAAUUUGCAGUGUCCAGUGUCAUUUACAUUGUUCUGUGUUUUACCAGCCUGUAGGUUAAACAUCAACCUGUUUUUUUGUUUGUUUGUUUUUUUCUCCAGGCCACGUGAACUAAAUGCAUAGUUUGUUCCAUGACAGCUAAGGAAAGAAUUCAGAUUAAUUAAAAAAACACACACAAGUAUGGAUUAACCUCAUCAACUAUACAUACCAACAGAAUUAUGCAGCACUUUCACUCCAGAAUAUACUUUGUGCUUACAGGGGUGACGACUGUAAAAAUAACCAUGUUUUGCCUGGAAUUCAAAUUCAUAUAUAUAUUUUGUUUUACUUGCAGAAAUUGUGUAAACACACAUGUUUUUGGUGUGAGUGAUGUCUGAUCCUCUCACACUUCUGUUCAUUCCCAAACUGUGUGUGUGUGUGUGUGUGUGUGUGUGUGUGUGUGUGUGUGCGCGUGUGUCGUUAUCAUGUGAACAGUAUAAAGAAGGGAUCGUCUGAUACCGUUUGGAUGUAGCUUAAAGGUUCUUUGAGGGGACUGACGUUGGCUAACUUGGGUAUCAUAAAAGUAAUGAGUGACCUUAGGGGAGGUGUGCAAUUAUUUUGUUUCCAUUGAAUGAAGCCUUUUCUGAAUAGUUUGACUAUUUAUUGCAGAUUUGUUUCUGUUCCUCAUCACAAAUCAUACAUACCAGCAACAAAGAUGACUUUCUGAAGUAUUGAGCCAUGUUCAAAAAGAGUGAUCAUAUUGCCAAAUGAAGAACAAAUAUAUUAUUGGAGAAGAAAAAAAAAAUCCUGUCGCUUGCCCGGAUGUACAGUUAAUGUAACAUAAAUCUGUGGAUUUGCAAAAAGUUUAGCCUUGUGUCUGUGGAUGUUGGCCUUUUUAAGAAGCCUGGAAAAGAGAGUCAUCACAGGUCAUCUCAGAAUCCUACUCGCACACCAUGGGAUGUGGAUUUGACUCGGAUCAGCGAGCUGAUCAUUCGUGUAGGUCACUACAAAGGGCUAAACAGUCUUCAGGGCUGCUGUUUUAAUCUUUUAGUGAACAGAUGAAUUCAUCGUCAUCUGUAAAUCUCUGAUGUGGAGCUUGUUUAACAUUCAUCAGUGGAUAUGAGUUACUGAUGGUUGGGAGAAACAAAAGAGCUAUUUUUAUUUUGUGUCAUGGAAUACAUUGAGCCAUUUGAACACGAUUGGUUUAACCUACACCAGACACACUCAAAAAGUCAUUGUGGAAGUCAAUACUCCCUUUACCUCUCUGUGUGGUUAUCUUACUGAUGUGAACAGUGGUGGUGUAGUUAGGCAGCCCCCUUUUCCUGUUCCCUGUUUACCCUCUAACCCUUUGUUGGCAUGCUCUGUACAAGGCCCAAGCCCCAUACCUCUUCUCCCUCAAUCCCACAUGUGCCCUCACCCACUGUCCCCCUCCCCUCCCUCCCUUCCACCUUGGCACUGAGGAUCAUUGCACAAUGUUUAUGUGAAGAGGUAUGGACCUUACGAUCAAUAUAUGGGCAUACAUGGGGGUGGAAAGGGAAAAUAGCCAAAAUUGUUAAUCGGUGAAAAUAUAUAUAUAUAUAUAUAUUGAAACUUAAAUGAGAUUUUAUAAAAUAAUUUAAAGAAUAAAAUUCUGAAAAAAAAGUG